UGAUAAAAGAUUUGAAAAUACCAUUGAUGCCAUCCUAGCAGAAAGUGUAACAAAAAAUAUAAUUGGGCUCACAUUAUUGCAAUAUUGGAAAUUUGCAGCAAUUGAUCAAAAAGAGAUUGAAGAACACUUAGAUAAUGCUGAAAAAAUUCACAAAACUGUUACUGUGAAUCGUAUUAUUGAUUCAAAUAAUAGUAAAACAGCAACAAUAUACUGUGAACCCCAAUUAGAAUCAAGCUUUGUACAAAGAAAUGAAACAGACAACCCAAUUGCACUUGACCUUACUGAAAAUAUGCAUAUUCCAAUACUUGAUGAUACUGAACUCGAAGGUUCAAAAAUUGAACUUCAAUACCUUUUUAAGCAUGCUUUAUCACAACCUUCAUUUGUUCGUACUCUUCAGCAAGACAUUGAGAAUAAUUUUGUAUUAUCUAACAAUUAG